GAAACCCCAAUACAAAUGCAGGUCCUGGAGUCGGACUUAAAGAAGAAAAUCGCCCAUGCUCAGGAGGUGUACAACCAGGCCAAACACACUCUGACCUACUUCAGUUUCCAGAAGCAGCGAUUGGAGGACCUCAUGUCCCAGAUGGCCGAGCGGCUGGUGGCAGUUGAGGGCUCCUUAUCUGACCUCACUGAAGCUACAUCUCCUGAAGACAUGGGUACAGUUAAGGACCUGCAGAGCGUUGUGCAUCAACAGAGGGCAGACAUGGACUCAGCUAGAGAUACGCUGAGUGCCCUGUGCAGGUCUCAUCCCUCUCAGGAGCUGUCAUGCCUCUCCUCUGACCUCACCUCCAUUGCCAAGCGAACAGAGGCCGUCGCCCAGCGCUGUGCCAAGACCAAGGGCAGCCUGCAGGAUGGGCUACAGCUCCACUUCAACGAGCUCGUCCAAGACUUCCACUCCCGGCUUACAGAUCUGAGGUUGGAGCUGAAAGAAUGUUCGAACCAAUCGGGAGAUGUUGCCGUCCUCGGUGCUAAGUUGCAGCGGUUACAGGUGUCCGUCGAGCGGAAAUCUGAGGGUGAAGAGUGUUUUUCUACGGUUUGUGAGGAAGCCGAGAGGCUUCAACUCCACCUGCCUAAAGCUGGAGCAGCACAGAUCCGAGAGCAUCUCUCCUCCUGUCAGAAAGAGUGGAGGAGCUACCUGGAUUGCUGCUCUCAGAGCCAACGAGACUUGGAAGAGAGUAUUGACCUUAUGAACAACUUUAAUGAGUGUGUUGAGGGUGUAAGAGACUGCCUGAAGCAGAUGGAUCUCAGCCUCAAGAGAGAGCCUGUUCUUGGGGCAGAAUGCCAGCAAGGAGCCCCAGACACCACAGAAGAGCUGGAGAGGAUAGAAAACCUCCAUGAGGAACUGCUUGCAAGAAGGGACUCCAUCGAGCAUCUUUGCCAGGAGGCCCAGUCUCUGUCUGAAGUAGGCCGGGGGUCAGGGGAAGAGGUCAGAGUGACAGGCCAGCUCCAGAUGGAGCACCAGGCCCUGCUGAAGACAGCCAGGGACAAGCUGCGAGGCUGCCAAGAUAGCCAGGCCUUUGGAGAGACCCUCCAAGGGGUUUGGGCCUGGCUGGAGGAGAUCCAGGAGAGACUGGGUACAGUAGACAGCACCAUGGGGACCAAAGAGCAGUUAGAGCAGAGGCUGGAGACUGUGCAGGACAUCCUGCUUUUGAAGGGGGAGGGGGAGGUCAAGCUGAAUAUGGCGAUGGGUAAGGGUGAGUUGGCCCUACGCAGCUAUGGAGCCACCGGACAGGAAGUGGUCCGCUCUCAGCUACAGGAAGUAGAGGAUGCCUGGGCCACGCUUCUUGUGACUGCCAUGAGCUGCCACAGUCGACUAGAGUGGACCGUGUCGCAGUGGGGAGGUUACCUGGAGAGUGCUGCACAGCUGCGAUGCUGGAUGGAGGCUGUAGAGAGAGAGGUGUGUGCCCCUCUCACCCCUCAGCCAGGGCCCAGAGAAAAGGCUUCCCAGCUCGAGAGACUCAGAGCUCUGCUGGCUGAUCUGGAAGACCAUCAGGUGGCUCUGUCCAGUCUAGAAGAAAAAGCCAGAGAACUGUUUAAGAAGACUGGCGAUGCCAGCUUCAAUCAUGGUGCCCGCACCCAGCUGCAGGUGCAGUUUGAUGACCUCACAGCCUUGGUGGAGGAGAGAGUACGUCUAGCGCAGGCUGUUGUGUUGGAACACCAAGAAUACCUGGAGGCUGUUAGGGAGCUCACUGAUUGGCUGAUGAGUGCUGGAGAGGAGCUUCAUCAUUGGUCUGAUACAUCAGGAGACUCUGCCUCUAUCAAAAAGAAACUGUCAGAAGUGAGGGAGCGUGUGGAGUGUCAGCUACUGGAGGGCCGAGAGCGCCUCAGCAGGGUGCGUCGGAGUGCAGCGUCCACGGCUGAACACACGGCGGCGGGUGGCUGCGAGGCCAUGGACCGACAGCUGGGGGCGCUGUCCCAGGCUCUGGAGCAGUGGGAGGGGGCUGCCCUCAGGGCCAGGGAUGACAUGGAGGGGUCCCUGGCUGCUGCUACAGCCUCAGAAGAAGAAUACCACGGUCUGACCACCCGCCUGGAGGAUGAGUUGAAAGAGUUGGAUGGACGGCUGAGGGUGUGGAGCCAGGAGUUGAUUAAAGCUGAAGGGCGGAGCAACGGGGAGGAAGCAGUAGAGGGAUGGCAGCUGGCUAAGAAUAUACUGGAGGGCUUGCAGAGCGCCGAGCCGAUGGCAGAGAAGUUGAAAGGCCAACUUAACGACCUGGUGCGAUACUCCAGGGACCUGGGCUCACAAUCAGACCGGGUCACCGCGCUUAUCAAACAGCACAACAGUCUCAGUCUUCGUGCAUCCAGGGAGUGUCAAAAUAAGGAGCGCUUGUUGGAGCAGAAGUUCCGUGCAGCCUUGAGAGACUUCCAGCAGUGGUUGGUCAAUGCCAAAAUCAGCACAGCCAAAUGCUUUGAUGUGCCACAGAGUGUCGCCGAGGCCUUCACCGCUCUGCAGAGGAUCCAAGAGUUCUUGAGUGACAGGGAGCAUGGCCAGGCCAGGCUGAGUACAGUAGGAGCCAGUGGGGAGCUGCUGAUGGCUGUGGUGUCCAAAGACAGAGUCGAGGGAAUUAAGGCCAAGGUGGCAAACGCCAGAGAAGACUGGAAGAGCCUGAUGAAUAAUCUGAAGAUGAGGGAGGAUGCACUCAAGAACCUGCAGUCCCAGAUGACGGAGUUUGAGGCCAGUGCUGAGCCUCUGCAGGACUGGCUGAACAGCACAGAGGUCAGAGUUCAGGAGAGCAGUGCUCGUCUACACGAUCUUCCAGCCAAGAAAAAGGAGCUCAGCAAACUACAGUGUGUACUGGAGGAGAAGACUAGUCGGGAAGCAGAGCUGGGCAGGCUGAGGGAAAGAGCUCAUCGUCUCUGGGAGGGACAAGCAGCCGGCAAGGGCUUCGUCCACCGUGUAUCCCAGCUGUCAGCACAGUACCUAGCCCUCAGCAACUUAACCAAGGACAAGGCCUCCAGGAUUGAACGUAUUGUAGGAGAGCAUCGUCUCUUCUCUCAAGGCCUUAAAGAGCUCCAGGAUUGGGUGUGUGAAGCACAGAGGGUCCUCAAAACAUGCAUCUCCACCACCACUGACAAGGGUGUGCUAGAGGACCGGAUGUUACAGCUGGAAGCCUUACUGGCUGCUCGUCAGGAGAGGGAGAUCCAGCUAAAGAUGCUUCUGACGCGGGGAGAAGCCGUCCAGAGGAACACUUCAGCUGAGGGGGUCCCAGUAAUUCGCAAACAGAUCCAGGACCUCAAAGACUCAUGGGACUUCUUGCUUUCUGCCUCCAUUCAGUGCAAAAGCCAGCUGGAGGGUGCAUUGUCUCAAUGGACCAGCUAUCAGGAAGACGUGGGUCAGUUUGUGAUGUGGAUGGACCGGGUGGAGGAGACACUCAGCUGCUCUGACAGACAGUACUCUGAGAUGAGAGACAAGACCGCCAACCUGGGAAAGACCAAGCUUCUCUAUGAAGAAGUACUGAGUCACAGCAGUCCUUUGGACACCAUUGCCACAAAGGGGUCCAAUAUGGCGGAACACUACACUACCAAGCAGGAGGUGCAGCAGCUGCAGUGUAGAUACAACACCCUCAAAGAAAAGACCAAGAAUGCGGUCAGUAAGGCCAAGGGGCUGGUGCUGGUCCAUCAGGAAUAUCAAAGGGGGUUACAUGUGUUUGAGGACUGGCUGGAGCAGGAACAGGCAACUCUGGCUGCGUUGUCCCAUCCAGAGGGAAACGUGGAUACCCUAGAGAAGACACUGCAACAGCUACAGCUCCUGCAGGAAUGCUGUUCAAAUGGCCAGUCUUUGCUCUCCUCUGUGCUGACCAGCAGAGAGAGAGUAAUCCCCUGGGGUAUACCUCAGAUUGAGGACAGAGUGCUGGACACUGCUCAGCAGGAGUGGGGGGCCUACCAGGGCCGUCUGGGGGAGACUCAGACCCAGCUGAGCUCCACACUGACCAGACUGAGGCAGAUAGGUCAAAGGUUCCUGAGCCUGGCCCAGUGGCUGGAGGAGAUGGAGAAGGUGGCAAACAUCAGAAGUCAUCGGCGGUCAGACAGAGGCACCAAGGAGACUCAGCUGAAGAAACUCACGUGGUGUCUUGAGGCAGUGCUUGCACGGCAGGGAGAAGUCGAUGGCCUUUCCUCUUUGGCCCAACAGGUUCUGGAGGAAACUUACAUCAGUAGUCGUGUCAGCGUUACUGCCACCCAGCUCACUGCCCGCUACCAUUCCCUGCUGCUCAACAUACAGGACACCAUCAAGCAGCUUCAGGAGGAGCUGAAGAGCAUCGAAGAGGCUGAGAAUCUUUGCACGUCCUUCACUGACUGGUUUGGCUCCACUAAGAAGAGCUUCACAGCAUUAACCGACACUUCUGAACCUCUUGACCGGGUCGCCAUGGAGAAGAAGAUGAAAAAACUAGAGACUCUCCAGUCUGAGCUCCAACGCGGUCACUGUUUCCUGAAAUCCCUGAGGGAGCGGGCAGAGCGGGCAGCAGGCUUCCUGGACGAGGCUAGAGCUGAGAUUUUAGGAGGGGAGGUAGAGGCUCGUCUUGCCCAGCUGGAGGAGCUCUCAGGUGGGCUGAGGCAAGAGCACAGCUUUCUACAGCGGGCGUUACUGCUAGCUAAGGAGUUUCAGGACCGAUACAAGGCUCAGGCCCAGUGGCUGGUGGAGACCAGGGCUUUGCUCAAAUCCCCUCUGGAGCCCAAGGCUGAACUGUACCAACGGAGAGCACUGUUGGCUAAAUAUAAGACUCUGCUGCAGAUGGUUCAGUCCCAUGAUGAAUCCAUCAGGUCAGUGGUGGAGAAAGGAGAUGCUCUUCUGGCCUCUGUGCACUACCCCUCCAUCAGAGACAAAAUGAACAGGAUGCAAAAGGACUACACUGAACUCUGUCAUACUGCCACGGCCCAUGUGGAGAAUCUGGAAGGCCAGGUGAAGGAACAGGAAGUUUACCACAACGAGCUCCAGGAAGUGGAGCGCUGGCUGCUCCAGAUGUCCAGCAGAAUGGUGACUCCUGAUCCCACUGUGGGUGGCAGCCUGGAGGCAGCCACUCAACAGCUGUCCAGGCACAAGGCCAUCAUGGAGGAAAUAGCGGGCUUUGAGGAUCGCUUGGCAGGCCUAAAGAAGCGAGGAGACCACCUGGUACAAGGCUGCAGUGACCGCGUGCAGAGCAGGCUGAGACAGCAGGUCCAGGCGCACCAUCAAGGCACCAGAGACAGCUACUCAGCCAUCUGUAGCACAGCACAGAGAGUGUAUCAGAGUCUGGACCAUGAGUUACAGAGACAUGUGAGUCUCCAAGACACACUGUUGCAGUGCCAGACCUGGUUAACUUCUGUCUCAGAGGAACCAGAACCUCCUGCACAUCCUCCUCUCAGCCUGGAGGAGGCGCUACAGCAGGUGAAGCAGGAACGAGCUCUCCAGGAACAGGCCAGCACUUACCUCCAGCUUGUGUGCUCAAUAUGUGACUUGUCCGAGCUGAAGGUCAGGGGGACCGCAGCAGCUAUCCAGCAGGUCAAACUGCAGAUUGAGGAGCGCAUGCUGCUCUGUGAUGAGGUAGCAGACAGCUGGAGGGACAUUGAGGAGCAGAAGGCAGAUCUGGAGGUCCAGCUGAGAGAGACAGAGCAGCAACUUCAAAACCUCAUAAGAAGACCUGCGGAGUUGGAGCCCAAGAUUGCACAAAACCAGCUGGACAAAGCACAGGAAUUCCUUCAGCAGAUUAGGGAGAGACAGUCUGAAGUAUCCCAUUUAAAUGAUGCCGUUGGUAAGAUGACAGAUGGACAGGUCUCUCCUGCCCUGGAGGAGAUAAGGAGACUGAGGAGAAGCUGGAUGGAUCUGGGCCAGCGGGCAGAAGACCUGGAGGCUCAGCGGGGGGAGGACAUGCAGCGAAGUGGGGAGUACCAGGAGAUUGUUGUUGCUGUGGAGGAACUCUUCCACCAAGUAUCCAGGGAGUGGGACUACCUCGCAAGGGCUGACACAGAGAGUACCAGUGAGCAUCUGGAGGCUCUGAGGAAGCUCUCCAGUGACCUAGAAGAGCAGAGAACAACUCUGGAAGACCUCAGAGAACAGAGACAAGCUAUCCUGCCGCGACUCAGCCUGCUAGACAAGGAGCUGAUCAAGCAACAGGUUGGUCAUCUGGAGCAGCGCUGGGCCCAGCUUGAAACCCUGAUUCAAAGGAAGAUCCAGGACUCCUCACAGACACUAGAGGAUCUUGCCCGGGUUGAAACCCAGCUAAAGGAUGCCCGAGAGUGGGUGGAGGAGCAGCGGCCUGCUUUUACUUCUGCGCUGAAAACCAGCCCACCGCCCGAUAUGGCCCAGAGUUUCCUGUUUGACCACCUGAGUGUGUGCGUCGAACUGGAGGCCCGUCAGCAGCUGCUGGGUCAGGCAGUAAGCGAGGCCCAGGCUGUGGCUUCCAGACUGGGGCUGAGUGAGAAGAGAUUCCUACAGGAGCUCGUUGAACAAGCCCAGACGGAAGUGGAGGCUCUGGGGGCUCGAGUGGCCCAAAGGAGGAAGUACCUUAGUAAGGCCUUCACAGAGAGGACACAGUUCCUUCAAGGUCUGGGGAGAGCACUGUCUUGGAUACAGCAACAGGAGAGGAGGGCUUUGAUAGAUGACCACAUAGCGCUUCUACCUGAUGACCUAGCCAAACAGGUUGCUGUUUGUCGAGGCGUCCAGUGUGGUUUACGAGUGUACCAGAGAGAGCUGGCAUCUCUCUGGAUACAAGGGCGAGAAAUAGAACGAGAUGCCACUGACAAAGAGAGAGCAGAAACUGUGGCGAGACUUGAGAAGCUGCAGGCAGUAUUUGAAACUGCUCUCCAUAGGACAAGCCAGCGUCUCACAGACUUAGAGAAAGCCUUGACCUCCAGGAAGUACUUCCAGGUUGACCUGGAUAAGACCUGCCACUGGUUGAGACGAGCAGAUGCAAUCACUUUCCCUGAAAUCAAUUUCAGCAACAUUGACGAUAGCUUGGAGUUGCAAACACAACUGUCUAACUUUCAGAAUGUCCUAGAACAAGCUUCAGAGUACGAGAACCUUCUUCUUAUCGUCCAAAGAAUAGGCCAGGAGAUCCUCCCUACUCUGAACGAGAUUGAUCAUUGCUACCUAGAUGAGAGGCUCAAUGCCUUGCCUCAGCAGUACAAUGCCAUCCUAGCUCUAGCCAAAGAGAAAAAGGACAGAGUCCAACAAGUAAUCUUAGAGCGAAAAGAGUUCAGCACUUUCUUUGAUAUCACUCGAAAUGCACUGGAGGAGCUUCAGGAGCAGUUUGACAAUCUGGAAAAGCAGACUAUCAGUAUUAGUAAGGAGGAAUUUGUCUUUUGUCUAAUUAAUGAAUACAGAAAUAUUAAGGAAAGUGUAUUCCAUAUUAGCCCCGCUGUGAGAGAACUUCAUGGCAAAACUGAGGGGUUUCUCAGUUGGGGUCAGCAAUUCAGAGCUGCAGAGACACUGCAGCUGGUCAAUCUCCAUAACACACUGAAAAGAAUGAAUGAUCAGAAAAUUAAACACUUAGAGGAUUGCUUGAAAACACUAGUUGAACACAACAAAAUAUCCACCAAGUUGGACUCCGAGUUCAAGUCUGUGGAAGAGAAGCUGGUCCGACUUAAGUCAGACACCGAACAGGGUGCCAUAGAUAGAAUCACAAGUCUUUACUCACUGCUUGAAAGUCUGGAUUGUGUAAGCUCUCAGGCUGAAGAAUGUAACCAACAAACUAAAGGCCUUGGUCUGAAGUUUGACCCCAAUGCCUUUCAGGAAACUAAGCUGCAGCUGGAAUCAUUGCAGUCGUUACGGUGUGAAGUGAAAUGUCUUAUGGAUGAAAGUGAAACAAUCACAAGGAAUGAAGAUUUCGCAGAAGAAACUGAGAAAAUGUUGGAAUGGCUUCGGACUAUCAAGGACAAAGUAGAAGAGCCUUUGAUUCUUUCAGAGGUCAGAAUUGAGAGGGUAAAUGAGGAAGUGCGCAAACUGAAGAUCGUAGAGGAGGAAGAGAAAAGUAGAUGUAGGAUAGGAGAUGCCUUAGGGAGCAGAGUCAAGCAAAAGUAUUUUAGUAAGAAGAAAACGGUUCCUGCAAACAUUGAAGAGAAACUACAGGAGCUGGCAAAGCUGGGAGCUGAAGUUCAACAAGGAAUUAGCAGGAAAGAGCUGGCUGUGGAUCGAGUGCUUUCCCUGGUCCAGAGACACCACUUAUCUCUGCAGUCCAUGCAGACACGUCUGGACUCUGCUGCAGCUUUACUCCAGAGGGCCAGCUCGGGGGUGGAUCUUGAGAACCAGACAGAUUGUGUGUGGGACGUUGAAGAUAUUUUAGCCCAGGAAAAGAACUUUACAACCGGUUUAACGAAGAUGAGGGCUUUGGAUCCUCUGCUCGAGGAUUUUAUGAAAGCAGAAGCGAUGGGCAAAUUUAGAGAAAAAGUUGGGGCAAUGCUGCUGAGAAACACAGAAGUCAAACAGCAACUGGAUGCUUACAGAGAGACACUGCAGAGUUGCACAGCUCUAUGGACCUCCUUCCAACAUGAGAGAGAGACACUAGUUGAACAGAUGAAUGACGCAGAGGCCAAGAUGGCCAUGUUCACUACAGCUAAAGCCGUCAGUAUCCAGCAAGCUGAAGAAAAGUGUCAGAGAUAUAAGUCACUUGUGGCUCACAUCGAUCUGCUCGAGAUGCCUCUAAAGGCUUUGAAAGAGAAUACAAUAGAGUUGGAGCAGAAAAUCUCUGAGUCCAGCAAAGCUGUCACCAGCCACUCUGUGUCGUCACUGUGGCAACGGUGGACCAGGCUCCGCAGUGUGGCCCGAGCCCAGGAGAGGGCACUGGAGGACACUGCGAGGGAGUGGAGGAACUUCACUGACAAGAUGGAGAAGGUGCGCUCCGUGUCCCAAGACCUUCACAGCCGUGUCCCAGACAGCACAGUUGAGAAGGCUGCCACCAGGGCAGCGCUACAGAGCCUCCUGGAGUACAAUGACUCCUUCGGCCUGGAGGUGGAGAGGGAGCAGUCCAUCCUGGCUCUGCUGGGGCAACACACUCGCUGCCUCAGAGGAGAGGAGGAGGAGGAGGAGGUCAUGAAGAAAAAGUCAGAGAAUGGAUUUGAAGAGACGCCUUGCCUACAACAGAUUAGAAGCAUGCAGGAGCAAUAUGACAGCCUUGUGUUGCGGGUACGAGCCAGCAGAGCUCACGUACACCAGGAGUUGAGGGAGAGAGAAGAGGUCGAGAAGGAGCUGGGCUUGGUCAAAGGCUGGAUCCAAGAUACACGUGGUUUACUGCUGAGUCCCACUGCAGACCUGGAAUCACUGCUGCAAGAGCUAGAGACGGCACACGGUCAGGUUAUCAGCAGGCGUCAGAGUGUGGAGCGCAUGACAGAGCUGCAGCAGUCUAAGUACCAGGAACUCCAGGCCGGUCUGCCUUCUGAGCUCAGCAUGCAGCUGGCUGAGGUGGCUCUGGCUCUGGGAUCGGCUGAAGACCAGGUCCAGGCGAGAGAAAGGGAGGUGCAGCAGACCAGAGAUGUGAAAGAGGACUUCCAUUUCAGACUCCAGGACAUCGAGGCAAAGAUGAAGACCAUCGCUCUGAAAUUGGAAGACAAGGGUGCCGACCUGGAGGAGGCAAAAGAAGAGACCAAAGCUCUUUGUGAAGAAUGUCAAUGCUGUGGUCGCUCUGUGGCAGAUUUAGGAAUAGCAGUGCAGGAGUUCGGUGAGCAGAACCCUCUGCUGUGUAAGCAGCUGGGCGAUGCUGUGGCCAAACUGACAGAGGUGCAACGGCACACCACGCAGCAGGUCCAGGACAGAGCCAACAGACUGAAGAAGGCAGAGAGACAGGUGGAGGAAUAUCAAGGUAUGAAGGCAUUCAUUUUGGGCUGGACAGAAAAGGCAGAAGCUCUGGUCACUGGUUGUAUCAUCUGGGGUUCUGCGUCCCAGCUGCAGGAGCAAAUUAGAGCACACCAGGCAUUGCUGCGGGAGUGUCGGGGUCUCCAUGGUGACUUGGAGGCCAUGGGGGAGAGGGAGGGGCAGCUGGGGGAGGUGCUGCAGACGGAAGGGUGGAUCCAGCAGGUGAAACACCUCAGCCGACACACAGAGGAGCUGCAGCAAACUGCCAAGACUCGCCUCCAGAGUCUGCAGGAUGCAGCAAAGGACAUGUUGCUUUUGGAGGCAGAGGUAAAGAUCCUCCAUGCUGCUGUGGACCAGAUCCAGAUCACACUUGCCUCACCAGACCUCAACAGGCUCAGCCUCAGAGAGCAGCUCACACAGAGACAGCGUCUGCUGGUGGAAAUGGAGGGCUUCAAGCAGCAGGUGGCGGCAGUACAGCAGUGUCAGAGCGCCCUCCGGCUACCAUUGGAGGUAGUGGCCAGCCUCCCUAUCUGCCGCACAGCUCAGAUUCUACAGCAAGAAGCCAGCCAACUGCAGCACACCACCAUCCAGCAGUGCAACAUCCUGCAGGAGGCUGUGGUGCAGUACGAGCAGUAUGAACAGGAAGUGAAGAACCUCCAGAGAUUAAUAGAAGAGGCUCACCGCAUCAUCCAGGACCGGCCUGUCUCCACUAAUAACAUACAGGAACUUCAGGCUCAAAUACACCACCAUGAGGAGCUGGCCCAGAAGAUCCGCGGCUACCAGGAGCAGAUCGCCUCGCUCCACUCCAAGUGUAAGAUGCUGACAGUGAAAGCCAAACACGCCACCAUGCUGCUGACUGUCAACGAGGUGGAUGGGCUCUCGGACGGCAUGGACGAGCUGAGUGAUGAGGAGCUGCCCGGUUCUGUGGCGACCACUAAUACCGCCGCCAAUAAGCAGCUUCCAGCACACCCCUCUGUUGUCAUGAUGACAGCCGGCCGCUGCCACACACUUCUCUCCCCUGUGACGGAGGAGUCAGGGGAGGAGGGCACCAACAGUGAGGUCUCCUCUCCCCCUGCCUGCCGCUCCCCCUCCCCAGGGGCUAACGCUGACGCUCCUCUUAGCCAGGGUCGAGGUGCCUUAAGUCGAGCGCCCCUCCGGGAGCUGUACGACCCGUCUAUGGAGACCAGUGCUGCUAACCUGGAUGACCUGCAGAGAUCCUGGGAAACACUGAAGAACGUGAUAAGCGAGAAGCAGAAGAGUCUGUACGAGGCUCUUGAGCGGCAGCAACACUAUCAGGAGUCCCUCCAGUCCAUUUCCACGAAGAUGGAAUCCAUUGAGGGAGCGCUCAGUGAGGGCCUGGAGCCGAACAAGAGCCCCGAGAGCCAGAUGGCUGCACACCAGGCUCUGAUGGAUGAGAUCCUGAUGCUGCAGGAUGAGAUUGGUGAGUUGCAGACGUGUUUCUCUGAGGAGCUGGCAGACAGCGACAGCGAUGGGGAGGCUGGUGACCAACUGGCCCUCCAGUCUACUCUCACUGUGCUGGGAGAAAGGAUGGCCACCAUUCGAAUGAAGGCUUCUGGGAAACGGCAGCUGCUGGAGGAAAAACUAAGUGAACAGCUGGAAGAGCAGCGACAGGAACAGGCGCUGCAGCGUUACCACAGCGAGGCCGAGGAGCUCGACCAUUGGCUGCUCAGCACUCGGGCCACUUUAAGAUCUGCCCUUCAGCCCCAAAAUGAGGACUUGGACAUGGAGGAGCAGCUCAUCGACUGUCAGAAUAUGCUGUUUGAGAUCGAGCAGAAGGUGUCGUAUCUGUCAGAGCUGUCCGUCCACAGCGAGAGCUUACUGUUGGAGGGUCGGGCCGAGACCAAGGGAGAGGCGGAGCAACUCACCUUCAAACUGCACUCCCUCAAAGACAGCCUGAUGGAGCUGCAGCAGAUGCUGCAGGACAAGCAAGUUGGCAUACAGGUGAGAUCAAAGGGUUCACUGCAGGAGCAGGAGGACAGUGAGCCAGACUCAUCUCUGUCCCAGAGUCCCAACGUCCAGGAUUGGCUUUCCCAGGCCAGAUCCACACGCACACAGCAGUACCACGACAACCUUCUUCGACAGAGGGAGCUGCAGGAGCAAGUAGCUGAACAGAAAAGGCUGCUCCAGUCUGUAGCCAGCGUUGGAGAGGAGUUACUCCAACAGACCACACCCAAUGGUGACAGUGAGGUGUCCAUCCCAGGAGGAGUGUUGCUGGAGUCUGUGACCGUGUCUCCUUUGGACCAGAUGAGACAGCGCUGGGAAAACCUGAACAAAGAUCAGAGCACAAAACUGCAGCUCUCCCUCAACUCCAUGGAACAGGAUCAGCUUAGCCCGGUCCUUCACCGGUCCCGCUUGUCCAGCCCCAGUGUGGUGUUUAGAGGCAUAUCUUCCAGCCAAGACUCUCGCUCUCCCAAAGCUUUGUUUGAGGCCUGCAGUCAGACUCUGGAGAGAAUCGCCCGUGAGACGGCAGAUGGUGAGAGCAAACUGGCAACAUCUUUAGGAGGGACAUCAGUCCAGCAGGAGCUGUAUGCUGCAGUUUCAGCAGCUUCCUCCUGGUUGGAUGCUGCUGAGAAUCAGCUGCUCGCUGGUCCUGUGCUCCUGUCUGAAGAUACAGAGACACAACUUUCCAAUCUAGAGGGUCUGAAUAAACAGCUGAAGGCGAUGACCUGGGAGGUAAACCAGUGCAGAGACCUUCUGGGUGGAGGAGCCGGCCGGCUGUGUGGAGGAGAGGAGCAGGCCCUGAUGGAGGACACACUGGAGGGCCUGCAGGAGAGGAUGGGGCUGCUAGACUCCACCCUGGACCAGCACUGUGAUGCUAUGAGGGACAGGCUACAGGAAUACUCAACCUUCCAGAAUGAACUGAGAUUGCUGUUCACUUCUCUGGGUGAAAGUAAACACCUGCUGCUUCAGAAGAUGGCUGGAACUGUGGACAGACCUGCGUCCAAACAGAUAGAGACAUUAACAGAGGUAGAGGAGAGUCUGAGAGAGUUUGAGCAGAGAGUGACUGAGCUGAAGACAAGAGCAGAGGGACUCCAAUCUGACCAAAUCUCCAACCAGGAACUUCUCAAACUACAGGAUGCAUAUGAGGAGCUGGUUCUGAUGGUGGGUUCCAGACGUAGCAGCCUGAACCACAGGUUGUCUCUCAAGGCUCAGUAUGAAGCUGCACUUCAUGACCUCACAGACCUGGUGGACACCGCCCAGGAUAAGAUGGCUGCCGAUCAGAAGAUGACAGUGGCUUCUGUCAUAGAGGUCCAGAUGUUACUGGACAAACACAAAGAGUUUUUCCAGGGUCUGGAAUGCCAUAUGAUCCUCACCCAGGCAUUCUACAGUAAAGUGUCUGGUUUGGUGGCGCAGAGGGAAAGCCAGGCCCUGGAAGAGUCCAUGGCCUUAGCCCACAGUGUGCUCAAACAGGCCCACAGGAGGGGAGUGGAGCUGGAGGGCAUACUGGAGUCAUGGAGCGGGCUGGUGGAAGACUACCAGGCUGUGUGUAGACAGCUGGAGGCUGUGGAAUGUAGCAUCCCUACUGUAGGCCUGGUAGAGGAGACAGAGGAAAGACUUGUUGAAAGGAUCGGUCUCUUCCAGCGUCUGAAGGCCAGCUUGACGGAGCAUCAGUCUCAGCUGUACCAGGUCCUGGAGGAGGGCAAAAGGCUUCUUCUUUCUGUUGGCUGCUCAGACCUGGAGAACCAGCUGACUCAGCUGGGAGAUCACUGGCUCUCCUCCACUACCAAGGUCAACAAGGAGCUGCACCGCCUUGAUUCCACGCUUAAACACUGGAGCAGGUACCAGUGUGAGUCAGCAGAGUUGAGCCACUGGUUGCAUUCGGCUCUGGACCAGCUGGAGUUCUGGACGACCCAGUCAGUGACAGUGCCUCAGGAACUAGAGACCGUCAGAGACCACCUCUAUGCCUUCCUGGAGUUUUCCAAAGAGGUGGAUGCUAAGUCGUCUUUGCGUUCAUCUGUGCUGAGUACAGGAAACCAGCUUCUGCGUUUGAAAAGAGUAGAUACUGCUGGUCUCAGGACGGCAUUGGGCCACAUUGACACUCAUUGGGCUGAACUGUUGACUCGUAUUCCUGUAGUACAAGAGAAGCUACACCAGUUGCAGAUGGAGAAGCUCGCAUCCCGCCACGCCAUCACAGAGCUGAUGAGCUGGAUCUCUCUUUUGGAAAACCUCAUACAGGAGGACCAGUACAAAAUCAUGGGAGCUGUAGGCUCAGUGUUGGUCCAUGACUUCUUACAGAAAUAUAAGGGUUUCCGCAUAGAUCUGACCUGUAAACAGUUGACUGUGGACUUUGUAAACCAAUCAGUGCUGCAGAUCAGCAGUCAAGAUGUGGAGGGGAAACGCAGUGACAAAACAGACUUUGCUGAGAAACUGGGAGCUAUGAACAGACGAUGGCAGAUACUACAGGGGCUCAUUGCUGAAAAGAUUCAGCUUUUGGAAGGACUUUUGGAAGGUUGGUUGGAGCAUGAAAAUGGAGUUCAGGCCUUGAAUACCUGGCUCACGCUACAGGAGGAUAAACUGAAGAAGAGACACCGGAUAGAGGAUGUGGCAUCUGUGCAGAAUGCACUUAAAGACUGUCAGGAGUUGGAGGAAUUAGUGGAGGAAAAAGAGAAGGAUCUAGAGAAAGCAGAGGAACGAGGAAAUGCUCUCAUCCAGAAUAAGACAGGAGUGGCUUGCUCUGUUGUCAAGGAGACCCUUAAAGGACUGAACCAAUCCUGGGCUCAUUUGAACCACAUGAUAAGCCAGAUGAAGGUGAGCCUGCGGUCGAUGCUGGAGCAGUGGACGCUGUACCGGCGAGCUUUAGAGGAGAUGAAUGGUUACCUGAUGGAGGGGAGGUACUCUGUGUCCAGGCUGUGUCUCCUAAACGGGUCUCUAGAGGCAGUACAGCAACAGGUGGAGAGUCUGGAGAACCUGCAGUACGAGAUGGAUAAACAGGAGAGCAGCCUGAAGAAGUUUGGCUCUGUAACACAACAGCUCCUGACAGAGUGCCACCCAUCUGUUGCUGAAACACUCAACACAGCCCUCCAGGACAUUAACAUUAGAUGGAACAGUCUGCUAGAGCAGAUCUCAGAACAGCUGAGGAGCAGUAAGGCCCUGCUUGGGCUGUGGCAGCGCUACAGGUCAUCGUGUGGCCAGUGCGUGACAUUAGUUCAGAAACAGGAAGAACGUGCUGAUCGCCUGCUGAAGAGCGCCACCGACAGGGAGAUCACAGAAGAGGAGAGCAGCGCCUGGAUAAUGGACUGUGAUGUGUGCCUUGGGGACCAGGCCUCAGUGCAACAGUCCCUGAAGCAGCUACAGGCUUUAGGGGAGCAGCUGAAGAGCCAAGUUGACUCCUCCUCUUCUGCAGCGCUCCAGUCCGACCACCUGUCACUCACACAACGUCUAGGAACACUGGAGCACGCCCUUCACAGGCAGCAGGAAGUACUGCAGUCUGGAUCUCAGGCCUGUGAGGGUUUCAGAGAGCAGUUGGACACACUGAUCCGUAAGGCUGAGGAGGCUGAUGAGGUGCUUAAGGAGCCCGACCCAGUCGGCUCACCGGCGAUCAUUGUGGUCCAGACACGUAUGGAAAAACUAAAGGUUUACCUGUUGAGGCUGAGCAGUCUAUCUCCAGACCUGGAGCGUGUUAACGAGUCGGUGUACAGACUGCCAGUCAGUGACAGAGAUGUUAAACGGCUGCAGAGUCUCAACAGAGCCUGGGCCACUCACUCCGCUCACCUCACUGAGAGGUUCAGUAAACUGCAGGCGGUGUUGCUCCAACAGCAGAGUUUCCUCCAGAAAUGUGAGGUGUGGAUGGAGUUCCUGUCUCAGACUGAACAGAAGCUCGCCGCUGAGAUUUCAGGAAACUACCUGAAUCUGCUGGAGCAGCAGAGAGACCAUGAGUUGUUCCAGGCAGAGAUGUUUAGCAGGCAACAGAUUCUCUACUCCAUCAUCAAUGAUGGCCAUCAUAUGUUGGACCAAGGACAAGUGGAUGACAGAGAUGACUUCAGCGUGAAGCUGGCCUUGUUAGGCAAUCAGUGGCAAGGUGUAGUGAGACGGGCCCAGCAACGAAGGGGCAUUAUUGAUAGCCUGGUCCGUCAGUGGCAGAAGUACCGGGAGAUGGCAGAGAAGCUGCUACAAUGGCUUCAAGAAGUGACUCGUGAUCCAGAUGAACAUCAGCCAGGAGAACCAGUCGCCUUGCAGCAGGCCAGAAACCUAUUGGAUCAGAUUCAGCUGAGGGAGCGAGUGCUGCAGAGGCAGCAGGGAGGCUACAUCCUGACGGUGGAGGCCGGCAGGAGCCUUCUGCUGACGGCCGAUGCCAGGGCCGAGUCUACCCUGCAGACGGAGCUGAUGGACAUUCAGGAGAGGUGGAGGCACGCCCACCACCGUCUGGACCAGCAGAGAAGGGAGCUGCACGGCUUGCUCAAGAACUGGGAGCGAUGUGAAAAGGGCAUAAAUGCGUCCCUGGAGAAGCUGAGGGCCUUUAAGAGGAAGCUGUCUCUGCUACUGCCUGACCACCAUGAGGAGCUCCACUCAGAGCAAAUCAGAUGCAAGGAGUUGGAAAGCAGUGUGGAGGGCUGGACCGAUGACCUCACUUCCUUGUUCCUGCUGAGGGACACCUUGGAGGGCGUGGUCAGUGCAGAUGACAUAACAGUCCUACAGGAACGCCUCCAGCUGCUACAGCGCCAGUGGGGGGAGGUCUGCCACCAGCUUUCCCUGCGCAGGCAGCAAGUGAGCGAGAAGUUGAACGAGUGGGCAGUGUUCAAUGAGAAAAACAAGGAGCUAUGUGAGUGGCUCACACAGAUGGAGAGCAAGGUCUCUCAGAAUGGAGACAUCAGCAUUGAAGAGAUGAUCGAAAAGCUGCGCAAGGAGUACCAGGAGGAGAUCGGUGUAGCUCAGGAGAACAAGCAGCAGCUGCAGAUCAUGGGCGCGCGCCUGGCCAGGUCCAGCCAAGACGGCAAGGCGGCCGAGAUCCAACACAAACUCAGCAAAGUUAGCGAGCGCUGGCAACACCUGCUGGACCUCAUCGCCGCCAGGGUGAAGAAGUUGAGGGAGACCCUUGUGGCGGUGCAGCAGUUGGAUAAAAACAUGAGCAGCCUGCGUUCGUGGCUCGCUCACAUCGAGACGGAGCUGUCCAGGCCCAUCGUCUACGACACCUGUGACGACCAGGAGAUUCAGAGGAAACUCAACCAGCAGCAGGAGCUGCAGCGGGACAUAGAGAAACACAGCACAGGAGUGGCGUCGGUGUUGAACCUGUGUGAAGUCCUCCUCCACGACUGUGACGCCUGCUCCACAGAGACGGAGUGUGACUCCAUCCAGCAAGCCACCAGAGGGCUGGACAGGCGCUGGAGGAACAUCUGUGCCAUGUCCAUGGAGAGGAGGCUCAAGAUUGAGGAGACGUGGAGGUUGUGGCAGAGGUUUCUGGAUGAUUACUCCAGAUUUGAAGAUUGGCUGAAGACCUCAGAAAGAACAGCAGCCCUGCCGAACUCCUCCGGAGUUCUGUAUACUGUCGCUAAAGAAGAGCUCAAAAAGUUUGAGGCCUUCCAGCGUCAGGUGCAGGAGUGCCUGACCCAGCUGGAGCUCAUCAACAAACAGUACCGUCGCUUGGCCCGGGAGAACCGCACUGACUCGUCCUGCCAACUCAGGGAAAUGGUGCAUGAUGGGAACAGGCGAUGGGAUAACCUGCAGAGGAGGGUGGCCGCCAUCCUACGCCGACUCAAGCACUUCAUCAGCCAGAGGGAGGAGUUUGAGACGGCGCGAGACAUUAUCCUGGUGUGGCUGACUGAGAUGGACCUCCAACUGACCAACAUCGAGCACUUCUCUGAGUGUGACGUACAGGCCAAGAUAAAACAGCUCAGGGCUUUCCAGCAGGAGAUCUAUCUGAACACAGGGAAGAUUGAGCUGGUGUUCAGACAGGGUGACGCUCUGAUUGAGAAGAGUGAACCUCUGGACGCGGCCGUCAUCGAGGAGGAGCUGGAGGAGCUGCAGAGAUACUGUCAGGAGGUUUUUGGACGAGUCGACAGAUACUACAAGAAACUCACACGACUGCCUCUGGCCGACGAUGAGCUCGAUGGUUCCGACAGGGAGCUGGACAUGGAGGAAGGUGGCGAGCUCUCCGAGCUGCAGUGGGGCGACUCCUCUCUGCCCCGGACGUCCAGCCGUCAGACCUCGGGUACAACCGCCCUCAUCCGGGCAGAUCGCUCGGGACGUGACACCCCGGCCAGCGUGGACUCCAUCCCGUUAGAGUGGGACCACGACUACGACCUGAGCAGAGGUCUGGACAGCCCUGGAGGACGAGGCCCUGGGGAAAGGAGCCACGGGCAAGAGGAAGGAGAUGAGUAUCUGAGGACGGCUGUCACAGUGCUGUCAGAUGUAGUUAUCCCAGAGAGCCCAGAGGCCUAUAUAAAACUGACUGAGAACACAUUGAAAUCGUCCUCUGGUGAGGCGGGCCAGCUGGAGGCCAGUCUUAGGCAGUUGGAUCAGGCUCUGGAUGCAGGGCAAUACCACAUCCAGCAGAGAGAGGCCACCGUCAACAGCUCCAGCCCCGACGUUGACUCCACAUACAUGGGCUAUAUGCGCCUGAUGGGAGAGUGUCGAGGCAGUAUAGAUGCCGUGAAGAGAGCGGAGGGAGAGCUGACUGAAGAUGAGGACGACAUGCCAGGACUCACCAACCCCAACAGCACAGACACUCAAAGUGCAGGUGUGAUCGAGCGCUGGGAGCUGAUCCAGGCUCAGACUCUGAGUGAGAAGCACAAGCACAAGCAGAACCUGCAGCAGUGGCAGCAACUGAUCUCAGAUCUGCAGACCAUGCAGGAUUGGUUGGGUCAGUCUGAGGCUGAACUCAACCAGCUACGAGGGCUCGAUCUCAGCACCGACAUACACACCAUCCAGCAGAGAAUCAAGAGGCUCAAGGAGCUGUUGAAAGGGGUGGAUGCCCACAAGUCAGAGGUCCUGUCCAUCAAUCUGAGCAGUGCAGAGUUCCUCCAAUCCGAGUCCGACUCCGAGGAGGCGUGGGAGUUGAGGGACAGGCUGAAAGAGAUGAACACACACUGGGAUCGGCUCGGUACCUCCCUGGAGGACUGGAGGGAGGAGCUACAGAGGGCGCUUAUGCAGUGCCAGGAGUUCCAUGAGAUGAGCCACGGCCUGCUGCUGUGGCUGGAGAACAUCGACCGCAGGAGGAACCAGGUGGUGCCCAUCCCGCCCAAACUGGACCGCGAAACAUUACGAGCUCAUCACAGAACACUCACGAAAAUCAAGCGUGAGCUGCUGGACUCGCAGCAGAAGGUAUCGUCUCUUCAGGAGCUGUCAGCUCAGCUGCUGGUCAACACCAAACCUCUGACACUGCUGCUGCAGUCGCAGGCCCCGGAGCAGAGCCAGGCUCAGGGCAGCGAGUGUCUGGAGGCCCAGGAGAAGGUGCACGUGAUCUUGAACCGGCUGAGACUGCUCCUUAGGGAGGUCAGCUCAGACCUCGAGGAGCUGGAGAGGAGACUGGAGACCACGGGCACACGGCAGGAUUGCUUACCGUUGUUGCCUGUUGGCAAAUCAGAAAUCUGUGGAUCAGCUGGUCCAGCGUCAGAGGUGACUGUCCAAAGUCGCAAGAGAUCGCCUCGAGGCAAAAGUAGUCAGGCCCACCCAGGACACCCUAAGAGCGGCCCGCGCCACAGCCGGAGCAGAUCACCAGGCGCCGCUGGCUGCGUUUCCUCCCAUUCUGACCUUCCGGAUGGCGUCUCCUCAUCGACCUCCUCCGCCUCCUCAAAAGGCCAGUCCUUCCUGCUGCGGGUCCUCAGGGCUGCGCUUCCCGUCCAGCUGCUCCUUCUGCUCCUGAUCGGCCUGGCCUGCCUGGUGCCCAUGAGCCAGGAGGACUACAGCUGCCACCACGCCAACAACUUUGCCCGCUCCUUCCACCCCAUGUUGCGUUACACCAAUGGACCUCCGCCCAUAUGAGAAGCAGCCGAGUAUCCUCCUACUGCUUCGCCAAGGACUCCACUGAAUGUUUCCUCUUCACCCAGUGCCCUAAAGCAACACACGCCAUUAUGCUUAUGAAGUCAUUCAGAGGUGAUAUGAAGACUUCUCUCUGUAAUAUUGCACACCCACUCUCCUGAGAUCACCUCAACCCUUUAAGUCCACUCUCCAGAUUAAAUGGACCUUCAUUUGGAGAACCCCUCUCCUCAAUCUAGAUAGUUCCUGUUUUAACCUAAAAUGUGUAUAUUAUUUUUUAAGGUUUAUAAAGAAACCUGAUAAAUAGUUAAAAACAAAGCGUUAUUUAUAUUACUGUAUGUUGGGAGCCAAAGUCGACCGAGCUUUUAGUCCAUGAUAUCCAGUGCUGCUACUAUUUAUUUAGCAUUCAAUCAGUUUAUAGAUUGUUAGUAUUGAUUAAGCUAAAGAACCACCUUGUGUGGGAUAUUGUACCUGUAGACGUGCAGUAGUAGCAAUCAUUCAGUCUCGGAUGUGAAGAGUUUGUUUCCAACAGACACAUUUGAACUAUUCAAACCUAACGACUGAAGCAGCACAGAAAUCAGCUCAGCAGGAGUAUUUUCUGAAGGAUGAACUUGAAACAUGUUAUUGGAAAUGUCUUUAAACGGCGGUGAUGCUCAAAUUGGACCCAAUAGCACUGACAUGAGCACUGUCGGAGGUACUGCUCUGAAGCCGUCCAGCCAAGACGGCCGACUUCUCUCCCCAAUAGCCAAGGCCUUUAUUCCUGUUUUUUAUUUCAAUAUUUAAUUAUUUGGGGCAAAUCUGAUUGGAAAAAAAAACAGCUCUCAACUGAUAAGUCUGUUUGUUGAAAUGCCUUUUGAAUACAGGCACUUAUUUUUGUAUCUCUGUUUGAGCAUGCACUUGAAAGUCCCCUGCUUUUAAGAAAGCCAAACAAUCACUGGUAGUGUUCUAGUAGACGGCUGCGACAUAAAAUAGUGAGCUUUGUAAUAACUGCGAUAAGUAUUCUGCAGAAUCUGUAAAAAAUGAUGAAAUAUGAAAAUGUUAUUUAUGUAUGUACAGUUUGCUAAUGCCCACUUCAUGAAGAAUACUCUUUGCAAAUAAUAAAACAUGAUAUUUA